AUGGCAGUCAAGGUUCAAGAGGCGAAAGAGCCAAACAAGCUUAUUCUCUGCUUUGAUGGUACUGGGAAUACUUUCAGUGGGUCUAAUGCGGACACCAAUGUCGUCAAGAUCUUGAAUAAGCUGGACCGCCAUCAUCCCAAUCAGUACCAUUAUUACCAAACCGGUGUUGGGACGUACGACAUCAAUGAAAUGUCUGUUCACAAAACACGACUUGGUGAGGUCCGAAGCAGCAUCUCCCAGACUGUCGAUCAGGCAAUCGGCACGACGUUUGACUCUCAUGUAAUGGCUGGAUACCGAUUCUUGAUGCGUUUCUAUGGGCCUGGCGACAAGAUUUAUAUGUUCGGCUUCAGCCGUGGAGCGUUCACGGCCAAGUUCCUGGCACGUAUGGUUAACACAGUCGGAUUGCUCUGCAAGGGAAACGAGGAGAUGGUUCCUUUUGCAUACCGCCUCUAUCAACGCUAUCUAGCAGGUGAGGUGGAAGACUUCAAGAAUGCUAAACCGAGCGAGACACCCCAGUCCGACGGAGAAAGAGAGCCGCUACUCAACGGAGACUCCGAGGAGGAUCACGGGUAUACAUACGAGUCGGCGCGGAACGAAAUUAUUGCGUUCAGCAAUACCUUCUGCCGGAAGGAGCCUACAGAGUGCAACGGAGAGAUCACCGAGACAAAUGUCAAGGUCUAUUUCCUCGGCAUGUGGGAUUGCGUUAACUCUGUUGCAGUCUUGGAGCGAUCCGCACCCCUGCCCGUGCCUGUGACGGGGACGGCGGACUUUGUUCGGCAUGCCGUUGCUGUUGACGAACGCCGGGUCAAGUUCAAGCCCGCCCUAAUCGCCCAAGACAUACGCUGCUCAGACCAAAACACCGAAGACAUCAAGGAAGUGUGGUUUCCGGGCUGUCACGGCGAUGUCGGCGGUGGCUGGCCCGCAACAGAGAACGACAAUCUCGAUAACCAAGAGAAAAACGGCCUCUGGCAGCGCUUUAAGAACUUUUGGUCCACUUCGAAGCCUAAGGAGGCUACUACAGAUAUCCGGAAAGACGCUUUCCAAAUGAGCGACGUUGCAUUGUCGUGGAUGAUCCUCGAGCUAGAGCGUGUUGGAGAGAUCGACCCCCAGGCAGCUGUCAAGUGGUCUAACAAUGUCAACGGCUAUAAGCGGGCAUUUGCGAGGGAGACAAGUCAGAAGCAAGCACUCAGGGGCUUUAUUCACGACUCGUUGCGGUUUGGUACCGGCACUGGCUUCUUUACCGUGCUUCUCUGGAAAUUUAUGGAGAUGCUUCCAAUAAUCACCCGCUGGGAGCUUGAUGGUAACCAGUGGGAGAAAGUACGCUUCCCGUUAAACAAGGGCUCUUACCGCGACAUUCCGCGUGAUGCAGUGCUGCAUGAAUCGCUUAUACAUCGACUGAAAAAUGUUCCUGAAUACUGUCCUGGUAACAACCAUGGCGGACGACUGGAGCCUUGUCUAAAGCACAAGGGUGCCAGUCCAGACUUCCAGCCAAUCCGUGAGGCGAUCGAUCGCGCUGAUCCAGACCAUCAAACUUAUGUUUUUCCGGAGACUCAUGGGUCGCCAGAUCGCAAAGAGCUAGCCAGCUCCUGCUCAUUGAUGUAA